AUGGUGGGGGUGCCUGGGGCCUUCUCAGGGUUCUUCGCUCCAGGAUUCCCAAAGCUGGCCCGUUUCCAGCGGCAUCACGACGACAUCAUGGAGAAGGAGCUCAAAGGCCUGAAGAAACACCUGGCGAGUAGAUGCUCCCUGGAGGCCCUGCCCUCACGGCCCGGGGCAGGGGGAGGGGACCCACAGAACCCUGCCCACGCUGCCCAGAGCCCGGUGUCCAGCUCCGUCUCCUGCUGGGCCCAGGGCGCCCUCGGGGCUGAGCAGGGCCUCGGGGAGUGUGUGCACGGGGCCGGGACCCCCUUCGCGCUCACCCUGAAGCUGUGGGACGCCUACAUGCUGGACGGAGAGCGUGUCCUCACAGCUAUGGCCUACACCGUCCUCAGGCUGCACCGCAAACGCCUCCUGAAGCUGCCCCUGGAAGGGCUGCAGGGCUUCCUUCAAGACACCCUGGCCCAGCCCUGGGCCCUGGAGGAUGAGGCCGUCCUCAAACAGCUUCGGGCCUCCAUGGCCCAUCUCCGAUGGAGGAAGUGCGACCUGCCCCCGCCAGCCGGCCCUGAAGAGCUCCCCAAGAUGCCCCUGGGCCAGGAGCAGGUGUCCCCAGCCCCGACAGCCCUCCUCCCUUCUCCUACACUGGAGACGCUCUCUGGAGUGGACAGGCUGGCCUCCCCAGGCCCAGCCACACACCCUGAGCAGCUGGGACCCCUUCCCCGCCAGGCCGUGCUCAAGGCCAAGCAGCCACUGCAGGAGGGAAGGUCGACGCAGCCCUUGGCUGCACCCCUGUGGCCAGAAGCCCCUGGGACCCUAGUUCUGGCACAGCUGCCCCCAGCCCAGGACCCCUCGCUUGCCCGGCUACCCUGGCAGUGAUGCAGUUCCCUCCCCAACCUGCCAGGACAUCAGGGGGGUGCAUGCAGGGGGCCUGUGGACAUGGCCUUGAGGCCACAACACUGGGUCCCUUUCCCUUUAACCCCUGCUGGGGCCACCCCUGUGGCCACACCCCAGACCAGGCCCCAAAACAUCUCUGGGUCUCCUGGGACGAGAUCAUCCCACCCCAGGAAGAAGGAUGCAGGAGGGCCAAGGACACCCUUCCUGCCCUGGGGCCUCUGCAGCUCCUGCCCCUGUGUGGCCUUCGACCAGCCCAGCCGAGACACGUGCGGGCCAACGCUGAGCCCACAGCCCCAGGGCGCCGAGCCUGCCCAGGCCCCUCUGAUCUCCUCCUUGAUGGGGAAAGUAGAUGCCCCUCAGCCUCUGGAGAAGAGCGUGGGGGCCAAGAGGCUCUGGGCAGCCAGCACGGUGCCCUGCCUCCUCACUUUGGACUUCUUGGAAGAUGGCACCCCCGCCAGGAUGUACAAGUCACUGACCUAG